GUGAAAGCGGCUGUGUACAAAGUAAUUCUACAAUAUGUCGUGAAGGUAUCUGCAUGAAUGGCGGCACAUGCAAGCCACUGUCCGACACGCAAUAUCGUUGUGCUUGUGCAGAAUUCUACUACGGACUUCACUGUGAAAAGGUUUCCGCUUGCAUCGGGGCACCCUGUGCCAACGGCGGUAUUUGUGAGAAUAGCGGACCUGGACAGGUCAAAUGUAUCUGUCCCAUCGGUUUUUAUGGACAAUGGUGUGAACUUGAGGAAAACAGCUGCGGAGCUCAUUUUGCGGAAUCUGUUGGUAACCUGACAUUCCCUGACAAUGGUGAAAUGCCGGCUGAACAGCAGUGUGACUUCGUGAUCUCUACCGGAGAGGAGAACUCGGUGCGUUCUUACCGUACCGUAAAAGCUGCUCAAAGUGUGGUUUUAAUGCAUAGGGUAAUGGAAUUUGAGUCGAGCAGCGCGAUUUGGAGAUCUCUCAGCCUGGAUUAUCCUCCGCAGAAUUGGAAAAUAAGGCCUGUUUGGGGCCAACGCCGACCAUAUCUUGGAAAAAUCUGUGCGUAA